UAAUCUCUUUUAGCCCUUGUCAAACAAACAACCAAAAUCUUCAAAACUAUUGUCCUCCAAAAAUGGUGAGAAACUUCAUUUGUGGUAGUAAUAAUUUCCCACGUGAAGAAGAUGCGUACGAACGACAAACUCGAAGCGCAGACUCUUCACCAAGCAGAUCACGAUCCAAAAACCCGUACUCGAGCCGAGGACUCGACAAAUUCUCAACACUUCUAUUAAAAAUUGAAGAGAAAAGACAGCAAAUCUAUUCACAAGUUGAUCCUGAUGAGAUUUCCCUUGUUCGUUUUGCUUACUCAGGUGAUCACGGUUUCAAGUCCAUUGUAGUCAAGGCUAAGCCUAAAUCUUCUCCUCAUUAUACACCACAACCUAAACAACCUAAACCUCAACCUCAACCUCAACUUUAUCAAAACAUUCAUAAACCACUAUCCAUAAGAAAGUUGCAAUCCUCAAAGUCAAUGAAUGUCAAUCAGGAAGUCAAGGCUGAAAAUGAGGUUCACAAAAAACUAAGGGUUCAUCAAUGGAAAGAUCCAAAGUUAAUAUUAGUCAUUAUUAUUUUAUUAAUCUUGCUGUUUUUAUUAUUAUUUGGGAGAUCUUUUGCAAUUAUGUGCACUUCAAUUGGGUGGUAUUUUAUUCCUACAAUUAUUACAAAAACCAAUUCAAAUCCUUGUUCAAACUUGAGACUAUCCUUUAAGAAGAAAGAUUACGCAAUUCCAAGGCCAAGUCAUAAGAAACUAAUUAUGACAAGUGAAGGAACCAACUCCUUUAAGACUUCUGAUGGAUUAACUUAACACCGGAAUCGGCUGCUGUACAUUAUGUACGGUGUUGUACAUUAUGCGGUGUUUUUCAUAUUGUUAAGAGUUUUUUUUUUUAACAAUUUGAGUUGAGUUUAGAAAGAUGUAUGAACUCUAUUUGUGAUGUAAAUAUAUGUAUUUUUAUGUAAAUUACAUUAAAAAAAUACUACAUCCGUUUCAAAAUGAACUUUAAACUUUUCGUCUUGGGCUCUAUUUGUUUCAACGGAA